AUGGCUGCUGUAAAUACGAAUGGACCUCUACCACCCCCGACUAGAGUCAAUAAGAAUUUCCUGGUUGGUAAACCAAAUCCGAAAUGGGGUGAAAAUCUACCUCAAGAUUUCUUUGAAAGAUUAAAGUUAUUUGAAGAAGAGAGUAGGUUAAGGAAACAAGAAUUAAAUGAGAAGACAUUAGAAGAAAUAAAACAUAAUCUAGAACAGAAACUGGCUGGUCAACAUAAACUUAGCAAGAGAGAAGAACAAAUGUACGAUGCUUUGAAAGAUGUGAGUCUACCAGCGUUAUUUAUGCCGUAUAAAACUGGUAAUGUUUAUAAUCCGAGAGCUCAUCAAUAUUUUCAUCCUACAGGUAGUCAAGAUAUGAGACUAACUCAACCACCAUCAGUAUUUCAACUACCACCAUUAAAAGCUGGGGAUUGGGUGACACUACUUGCCAUGGUAACAGAAAAACAUGAAAAUUUAACAAAACACAAGACAAUAUUAUGGAAUAUAACACACUUCGUUAAUAAGAAAAUGUCUGUUUUAAAUCUGUUUGAUUUAAGUCGUAAUUUUCAACGUCCCAAAGAAUCAUGGUUAAUGGAUAAAUAUAUUCAACAGCAACAGCCUCUAGAGUAUCCUGGUUUAAUAGCCUCAUCAGACAGGACAGCAUCAGGCUUUAAAAGUUCCAGUGGUCCUCAAUUACCUCUAGAUUCUAAAUGUAGUAACUCUCUUACUGAUAGACAGCAACAACCAGACACCAGUAGACAUGAUCAACAAGUUCAAGCUUGA